GAUCCUUGAGGUCCCUUCUAACCCAAGCCAUUCUAUGAUUCUACAAACACACAGACACAGAUCUAUCUAUGGGGAUAGGGCUUUGCAUGGAAUCCUCUAUUUCUCUCCUUGCGCAAGGCAUGUGAAAGAAUCAUAGAAUCAUUAAGGUUGGAAAAGACAGAAUCACAGAAUUGUAGGUGCUGGAAGGGACCUCCAGAGAUCAUAAAGUCCAGCCCUCCUGCAAAACAGGUCCCCUACAUCAGGCUGCACAGGUAGGCAUCCAGGCAGGUCUUGAAUAUCUCCAGAGAAGGAGAAUCCACAACGUCCCCGGGCAGCCUGUUCCAAUGCCUCACUGCUCUUUCUGAGAAUUUUUCCUAAUAUCCAAGCUGAGAUCCAAUAGAACACUAUAGCAGACAUAACCGAAACCAUAGCUCUAAGUCAAACACAAGCACUGUUUUGCUAUCACAUCCAGAUAAUUAAUUCCAGAGAAGAUACCCACCCAGGACAGGAAGUGCAAGCAGGAAGUCCCCGUUAUGUCACUGUACCAGAUGUUUUCUGGAAUAAAAUAAUAAACAGCCCAUCCCAGUAAGCAUAAUGAAUGUUUCACUAUUAUAAACGCACACAUGGUCUGAGAAGAAAAUGUACUUAAGGCAUUCAUUUCAGGAGUGCAGGAAUCAAGAGCAGUAUAUUCUCAAAGCAAACUGUCUGUAGAACUUUUGUUACGUAGUUGUUUUGUGGAGUUAUUCUGGUGUUCUGUGGGAGAAGGAUCUCCUUAAGAAAUAUCCAUAGCAUCGGACUUGUAAUAAUGUUUUUCUUUGGUUUGGUAGAUGUAUGCAUUGUUCGUGUUGUCAGUUUAUGCAGUAACUGAACACUUCAGUCCAAAUUCUGUCCUCAGGAACAGCCCGGCAGCAGUAGUAACCACACUGUGAGAUUCAUGUAUCUUUCUGACAGUGAAAUUUAGCUUGUAACCUAAAUAAACUGCUCAGGUAUGUGGCUUUAAUUCUGGUGGGUUUUUUUUGUUUUGUUUUGGUUUUGUUUUUUGUUUCUUAAUGAAGAGAAAUAUAUGAGAAAUGCUAGUGGCAGCAGGACUACUUGCAAACACAAGAGUAAGGCUGGAGUAACUUUAUGAAGUUGGCAGACACUGCAGUUUUGCUCUGGCACAAGUAUACUAAUAAUACAUACAUAACUUCUAGUUUGUUUCAAAAGUAAACUCAUAUUUGGAUAAUUUUUCACUUGGAUUGAAGCCUUUCAUUUUGAGGAGACCUUUGAUGUAGUAAUUUGAAUUUGCUGUGGAGCUUCUAUAUGCUGGUGAGCUUGUAGUACACAUCAGGACUGCAGUGGGGAAAGAAUCCAUCUGAGAGGAAAGAGCUGGCAUUUUGAACUUGAUGUGCUGAGAAAAGAAAGAGCAGCUGAGGCUUAGAGAGAUUUGUUCUGGCUUGUGAAUGGGAUUUAGGCAAGGUUGUACCCUACUUAUCCAUGGAAACCAGAGAGAAAAAUGCCAAUGCGGGAGCCACUGUUAUUUGUCUUGAAUCUCUGUGAACAUAUUAUGAGAUGACUUUAGCUAGGUUUCCCCCUCCCACCACUGCUUUCUGCAACAGAGCUGUGACACUUGUUUUUUAUGUUUUGAUUUAUAAUACUGGUGAAAUAGUAGAGAACAUGUAUCCUCUGGCUUCCGCUUUCAGCUCCCCAGUCUCCCCCUCCCCUUCGUACAAGGGGAGGGUGUUUGUCAGGGCAACUGCAGCCCAUAAAACCCAUUGAAAGUUAAAUGAUUUUUUUUUUUUUCCACAGCUUAUUGCACUAAGAUGAAGCUAUAGAUAUAUAGCUUAUCAUCAUGUCCUCCCUUUACUCAUUUCUUUUUGAAGAACCAAAAAUCAUGUAAUCACAGAAUAUCCUGAGUUGGAAGGGACCCAUAAGGACCAUCAAGUCCAACUCCUGGCUCCACAUAGGAACACACAGGCAACUUGGGGUGUGCUCACUGCCCCGGGCAGCCUGUUCCGACCACUCUUGGGUGAAGAACCUUUCCCUAACACCCAGUCUGACUCUCCCCUGACACAGCUGCAAAAGGCCAUUCCCUCAGGCCUUUUUGCUGUCUCCAGAGAGCAGAGCUCAGUGCUGCCCCUCUGCUCCCUGUGAGGGGCCAUAGCUGCCAUGAGGCCUCCCCUCAGCCUCCUCUGCUCUAGGCCAAACAAACCAAUGAACCUAAGUUGCUCCUCAUACAGCUUGCUCUCCAGACCCUUCACCAUUUCAUAGACCUCCUUUGGAUGCCCUCAGAUAAUUUUAGGUCCUUAUACUGUGGCAUCCAAACUGCGUCCUGUGCUGGAAGUGAGACCACACAGUGCAGAGCCUGGUAACAGUGCUGGGCCUGGUGCACCCCAGGGUAUGAUUGGCCCUUUUGGCUGCCUGGGGACACUGCUGGCUGAGAUUCCACUUGACAUCAAGAUCAUAAAAUGGCUUGGGUUGGAAGGGAUUUUAAAGCGCAUCCAGAUCCAACUCCACUGCCAUGGUCAGGGUUGCCACCCUCUAUAUGAGACCACCCAAGGCCCCACAAGUCUGUUCUCCAGCCUCUCAUCCCAUCCCUGUUCUGUACAAAUAUCCAGGGUUUCCCUAUCACAGGAGCAGAAUCCAGCACUUGAUGUUGUUAAACUUCACCUCCAUUUGACACUUGGCCAGCAUCCAGUUUGUCAUUUCUCUCUGCAAGGCCUUUCUACCCUCAGGGGAGUCAGCAGCUCCCCCUAAUUCAGUGUCAUCCACAAAGUUAGUUAGUAUACCUUUCAAGUCUUACAUCAAAGUCAUUUAUGAAAACAUCAGGUAGAACUGGCCCUAAAAUGGAUCCCCACUUCUGACUAUUUGUUAAGGGCAAAGAGGAGAGGGAAGGGUAGCUCUAGUGUGUCAGGAUCAGUGCACUCUGCAUGGCUUAACUUGUUUAGGAAACCUCUGCUGAGGUGUGAGCACUUCAUGGUUCCUACCGAUGAUGAGCCACAGCGGUAACAAGAUAUCUAGUGUAAGAUAUCUUGUGUAAGACCGAAUAUUUGUUGGCUGUAUGUGAGUUGCUGCACUACCUUCUGAGCUCACAAAACACUAUAGUCCAGUGCUAACUUGUGCUGUCUAGUAGGGAAAACAUUGAAGGUCUGAAGAAGGGAGGUGGUUUCUCUCUUCACAUAGCAUGAAGCCGAAUCCAUGAAAUUUUGCUCUAGCAGCCAGGACAUGAUUUAUGGGAAAAAAAAAAGGAAGAAAGGAAGAAAUAAAAAGAACACAAACCCUCUGAUUCUCAACACUUCAGGCUAAAAUGAAUUUUGGCUGACCUUUAUAUUGCAUUCUUCCACCCACUGCAUAUCCCCAGUCAGAACACUGUGUUCCCCCUAGUCAAGGAAAUAACUAAAGAAAGUUACACAGAAAGAAACUGGUGGAUCGAUGAUAAAUAGAGUGGAAAGAUAUGGAGAAAGAUGGAAGGUCUCUCAGGAACACCCAUGAGGUUCGGAUGAUGAGGAAAGGACAUCAAACUAUAUGUGGGGAGAGAGCUUCCAGCCUAACUGGAUUCACUUAUAACUACCUUAUAAUUAUAUAACUACCUUAUAAUAUAGAAACAGUUUAAAAUGGGCUCUGUUACGACUGAGGAAGAGGGGAUAUGGCUCUGGGCAGCCUGGUCUAGUGGCUGGCAGCCCUGCCCACAGUAGGGGUGUUGAAAUUAGAUGAUCUUUAAGGUCUUUUCCAACCCAGGUCAUUCUAUGAAUAAUGUGUCAAAGCUUCUAUAAAAAGAUAUCUGGAGUCAUUUAGAGUGGGAAAGGCACAGAGGUUGGUCUUGUAGUUGUCUUGACAAAAGAGGGCAUAAAUGUGACAUCUACAGAAAAGAGUCCUGAGAUGGAUGGAAACAAAGGACUCAGUGGGCGUGAUUUCAGUGAAGCCAUUGUGGCAGAGAUUGAUGGAGCAGAGAAGGAAGGCAGAAGCUGGAGAGCUGCCGUGUAAGAGGAAGAAGGAGAAGAUCUCAUCAUAUCCAAGAGACAAGUGAAACAAAAACCUGCUGGGACUUGGCCAUGCACUAACACAGAGUUCAUAGAAUCGUAGAAUCGUCUGAGUUGGAAGGGACCUUUCAGGGUCAUUCGGUCCAACACACCUUCAAUGAACAGAGACAUCUUUGGCUAGGAGGUUCUGAACUUCACUGUUGCCCUGGACUUUUGAACUGGCACUGAUGGAAACUCAUCACUCCAUGCUGCUCGGUAAGAGAGAAGGCACUCAAGGAAAAGACUACACCUUGCUUUCUCAAGUUUUCCUCUCUCCUUGAUGGUCGUGUCUCCUGUCUCCCUGAACAGAGAGUCGAAGAUUUAAAGUCAGCCAAGCUAGAGCAACUUUCACCUUCAUUCUUACAUCUGAGAAAAUCCUUUCCAUGUUGUCAAGAACUGUGAUGACCAGAGAAGCCUCUCUAGCCAAAGACUGAAUUUGCAUAUCAGGAAAUACCAUUUGCAGGACUUGUCAUGUCUCCCUUUCUGCGUAUUGGUUUAUCCAACUAUGACAGUGGCCCUUACCUGCCAUCCCAAGGGGAGGUGAUUAACCCUUACUGUGCUGUGAUGGUUAAAGAAGCCGUGGAGUCAGAAAAUGGCCAAGUGUAUGUGCAGAAGAAACCCACCAUGUACCCACCCUGGAACAGCACUUUUGAUGCCCACAUCAACAACGGCAGGGUCAUGCACAUCGUCGUCAAGGAUAAAAGUGCCGAAAUGGUUUCAGAGACCACGGUGGAACUCAAGGUGCUGGCAGAGAGGUGCAAAAAGAGCAAUGGGAAGACAGAAAUAUGGCUAGAACUGAAACCUCAGGGGCGAAUGCUGAUGAAUGCAAGAUACUUCCUGGAAAUCAGUGAUGCAAAGGACCUAGCUGACUGUGAGAAUGAAGCCUUUUUCUCCUUACAUCAGCGCAGGGGAGCCAUCAAACAGGCCAAAAUCCAUAAUGUGAAGUGCCAUGAGUUCACAGCCACCUUCUUUCCACAACCUACAUUCUGCUCUGUCUGUCAUGAAUUUGUGUGGGGUUUGAAUAAACAAGGCUACCAGUGCAGACAAUGUAAUGCUGCCAUUCAUAAGAAGUGCAUUGAUAAAGUAAUAGCUAAGUGUACAGGAUCAGCAGUAAAUAGCAGAGAAACAAUGUUUCACAAGGAGAGGUUCAAGAUUGACAUGCCUCACCGCUUCAAAGUCUACAACUACAAGAGCCCAACAUUUUGUGAUCACUGUGGCACUCUGCUCUGGGGCCUUGCACGGCAAGGGCUGAAGUGUGAUGCAUGCUGCAUGAAUGUCCAUCACAAGUGCCAGACAAAAGUAGCAAACCUUUGUGGAGUUAACCAGAAACUAAUGGCAGAAGCUCUGGCAUUGAUAGGUAGCACUCAGCAGGCUCGCUGUCAGCGUGAUACUGAACAGAUAUCCAGGGAUGGACCUCUUGAAAUUGGGUUCCCGGUUCUAGUGAGGGAGGUGACACCUCUUCAGGCAGUGCCACCAUCUACAACAGGAAAAAGAGAGCCACAGGGCAUCUCCUGGGAGACUCCAGUGGAGGUCACAACGAAGGGGGAGUCUCUAAUAGAGACAGACCUGGGAGGAAAACAGCUCCUGGAGCAGCCAGAGGACCAAGUGCAACUAAAACUAACCAUUGAAGAUUUUGUCCUGCACAAGAUGUUGGGAAAGGGCAGCUUUGGCAAGGUGUUCCUUGCUGAGCUGAAGAACACAGACCAGUAUUUCGCUGUGAAAGCCCUGAAGAAGGAUGUGGUUCUUAUGGAUGAUGAUGUUGAAUGUACGAUGGUGGAGAAGAGAGUCCUCUCUUUAGCUUGGGAGCACCCGUUCCUGACUCAUGUCUUCUGCACAUUUCAAACCAAGGAAAAUCUCUUCUUUGUGAUGGAAUAUCUCAAUGGAGGAGACCUCAUGUUCCACAUCCAGAGCUGUCAUAAAUUUGACCUUCCCAGAGCAACGUUUUAUGCUGCUGAAAUCAUAAGUGGGCUGCAGUUUCUCCAUUCAAAGGGCAUAAUAUACAGAGACUUGAAGCUAGACAACGUCCUGUUGGACAGUGAAGGGCACAUCAAAAUUGCCGACUUUGGGAUGUGUAAGGAGAACAUGUUUGGAGAUGCAAAGACAAGUACUUUCUGUGGGACACCUGACUAUAUUGCUCCUGAGAUAUUGCUGGGGCAGAAAUACAACACCUCUGUUGACUGGUGGUCAUUUGGUGUCCUCCUGUAUGAGAUGCUUAUUGGCCAAUCUCCUUUCCAUGGCCAAGACGAAGAGGAGCUUUUCCAGUCUAUCCGUAUGGAUAACCCAUUCUACCCUCGCUGGCUUGACAAGGAUGCAAAGGACAUUUUGGUAAAGCUUUUUGUGAGAGAACCAGAGAGAAGACUAGGAGCAAGAGGGAAUAUCCGCCAGCAUGCCUUUUUCAGGGAAAUAAACUGGGAAGCUUUAGAAGAAAGAAGGAUAGAGCCUCCUUUCAAACCAAGAGUGAAAUCUCCAAGUGACUGUAGCAACUUCGACAAGGAAUUUCUAAGUGAAAAGCCUAGACUGUCUUGUGCUGACAGGGCACUGAUUAACAGCAUGGACCAAAAUAUGUUCCGCAACUUUUCUUUUGUCAACCCUAAAAUGGAGAAUAUAUUUUCCUGAGAUCUGCCUUACUGAUGGAAUCCCCCAUACGAUUUGAGUAACAUUUUGUCAGCUGAAGACUGUGCAUGGUUAUUUUUAUCAAGAACCCACCAGAAAAACACAUCAGUGAAACUUUGUACCAUGCCUGAAGGCUUUCAGCUUGUUCCAGCCUGGAGGAGAUGGCAGCCACACUUCACUAACCAUCGAUGAAGUCUCGUGAUGGUAUCUUUUGGCCUCUCUUCUCUAUUUUCCCUGUGUUCUUGGAGUUUCGAACAUCUGAAAAGGAGGAGGUGCCAAAACGUUUUCAUCUGUACUUGUACACACAAUCAAUGGGUUUCUCCAUAAGAAGCAGCAAGUACUGCUGAUGUUCUCAGUGCCUAUUUCUGCAAUUCUUACCUGGACCCAGCUCCUCCUGAAAAAUGAGAGCUGAGCUCAGGUCCUGAGGGCAUCUGGGCAGACUUCAGGUUGGGUACCUUUGCAACUUCCAUUUGAACAAGUGCAGAAUUGUGCCUAUGUGCAUAGGAGUGUUGAAGAAGUCGAUUAUCUCCCGAUGCCUAAAAAAUUAUCUUCACAGGUUUUAGGAUUCCUUUUUAUGCCAUAAGGUCCACUGGGAUAAAGUAAUUUUGUAAGUGCACUUUCCAGCAUUCAUAUAUCUCAACCAGUGGCUCAAACAUAAAGGAGGAGUGUUGCAAUUGCAAAUAUCAAGAUCAGUAUAGAAACCCAGUGGUUUUACUCUCAGUACUUGAGCAGAAAAGAUGGGAGGUAGCAGUCCAGAAGAAAACAUUGAUAAUCCCUGUUCUAAAGCUUUAACUGUCCACAAACAUACCAGAAUCAUUGCAAAAUCUGGACUGGACUUACUGGAGUUUUUUCUGAAACUGAAUCAGAUAUAUGGAAGAGUUUUCCUCAAACCUUUCUUUAAGCAUCAUAAAAUCAACCUUCCAAUGAUUGCUUUAUUUCACUGGAAUGUUAGUAAUGGAUCCUUACAAAGGCUGAUAUACUUCCUGUAUGGUGCCCUGACACUUUGUCAUGCAUUGCAGACACAAGCACCUCAGUUGAUGGCACACCAGUUGAGAGUGACCCUCUCCCCUUCACUUCAGGAUAUUUUGCUGCAUAUUCUAUCCUCUAGCAGGCUGUGAAAUGUAGCAGGUCAGUAAUAUUCUCAUCCCUUACCCAUUCAUAACAGGAUAUUUUUAAAUAAAGUUGUGCUGUCUUCAGAAGUUGGGGAAACGCAGAACCUGCCAACUACUGAUUUUUACACCAGUAAGUACUGUGUCAAAAUUAAAAGUCCAAACAGAGGAUUCUUUAAUAUCUUAGACUUAAGUCACCCCAGCUGGUGUUUGGCUCUAACUGGAGUGUGUAAAUUUGGAGUGUUGUUGCAUGAACAAUGCCCCUUUAAGAAGAGAAAUUCUAGAAGGUCUCAAAAUCAGAUUCUUUUUGGAGGUGCCUUUCUGGCUCCAUUGGAACAGACUGUUAACCUGGAGCUCACAACAGAAUGAAUGCAGCCUUGCAGACUGUGAAGCCACUUCUGGGAUAUCACUGGCAGCAAUUGCAGGCACUGAAUCCUGCAAGACUGAUAGUAAAGGUGCCUAACACUGACAAAAAAGAAAAGGAAAGCAGAUUUCAGCCCUAUGACUUUUUGUGAAAUUCUUGUUUGUGCUGUAUGAAGUACAGGGGGGUCUGUGCUUGUAGUUUGUGCAGUUGGGUUUCAUGUUUAAUUUGAAUGGUUAAAGUGGAUUUCUGAAAUGCCAGUGCUGUUUGUACAGUUUAAUAAAAUGUUGUAUACUGAUGGAAAA